AUGGAUAUUUCAUCUCUCUAUACUAACAUACCCAUAGACGACGGUUUGAGGGCUCUCCGCUACUUCUUGGAACGCAAUGCCCCCGAUGAUUCCCCGAGUGUGGAAACCCUUCUAAGGUUGGCUGAACUAGUUCUCCGUUUGUCAGCUUUCGAAUUUGAUGGACGCUACUACAAGCAACAUAAAGGUGUGGCUAUGGGAACAAAAAUGGGCCCUUCUUAUGCUUGUCUCUUUGUUGGGUUCGUGGGGGAACAGAUGCUGCAAUCAUAUCAUGGGCCUAAACAUGUCUUGUUUAAGCGAUACAUAGACGACUAUCUUGGAAUAAGCACCGGCUCAGAGGAGGAUCUUCAAGAUUUCAUCGCAUAUGCUAAUAACUACCAUCCAUCUCUUAAGUUCACACAUUGUAUCUCUAGCACCAGUGUGGACUUCCUGGACAUCUCCAUCUCUAUCAAAGAUUUAGGUCUUUCAACUGAUGUAUUCUAA